AUGAACAGCAGCCUUCUUGCGAUUCUUGUUUCCUUGUGCCUUGUUACUUUGGCCUCCGCUCGUUUCUCUUGCGGACAUGAUCCUAUUCAAUCUGGAUUUGCUGAGCUUAUGGUGAAGAAUGACUGCAAGGGAAGACUCAACAAGGUUGAUGUUUGCUGUGCUCGCCAUACCGCCUGUUAUGCCGCAAAGACACCAAGAAACACCUGCGAUGAAGCUUUCUGUGCAUGUGCCAGAGCUGCGGCCAAGAACUUGCCACUUUGCAAUUUCCAAAUGGAGAACUUUUGCAACACCGCCAAAAGCUUCGGAGGAUUCCAUUUCAAGGGAUAA